AAUGUGGUUUUAACUAUGAUGACGUCGGGGUGGGGGGCCCUCUUCUCUCGUGGACUCGUGCUGGUCCUCGGUUGGUCCCUUUGUCUGUCCCAGCAGCCGAACAUCAAACCUGCGGACUGCAGCAGAAAGGAGCACCCUGUCGUCUCUUACCAAGCCUUGAGGUCGUGGCUGUCCGAGUUUUCUCAUCCAGGAGUGAAGGAUUUCUCCCAGCUGGCCGUAGACCUGAGCAGGAAUCAGCUCAUCGUAGGAGCCAGAAACGUCCUCUUCCAACUGAGUUUAAACAACGCCUCGCUCAUUCAGGCAACCAGAUGGGCACCCGAUGAGGACACGAAGCGCUCCUGUCAGAGCAAAGGCAAAUCUGAGGACGAAUGUCAGAACUAUAUCCGUGUGUUGCUGAUUAGCGGGAGGACGCUCUUCACGUGUGGGACCAACGCGUUUACGCCCGCCUGCGUAACCAGGCAGAUCUCCAACCUCAGUCAGGCGUUGGACACAGUGAACGGCGUCGCUCGAUGUCCCUAUGACCCGCGUCACAACUCCACCGCCAUGGUGACGCAGAGAGGCGAGUUGUACGCCGCCACGGUGAUCGAUUUCUCUGGACGUGACCCGGUCAUCUACAGGAGCCUGGGGAACAUGCCGCCUCUGCGGACUGCUCAGUACAACUCCAAAUGGCUCAAUGAGCCUCAUUUUGUGUCCACCUAUGAGAUUGGCCAGUUUGCGUACUUCUUCCUGAGAGAAACCGCCGUGGAGAACGACUGUGGGAAGGUGGCGUUCUCCCGAGUGGCGCGUGUCUGCAAGAACGACGUAGGGGGACGUUUUCUGCUGGAGGACACCUGGACCACCUUCGUGAAGGCCCGCCUCAACUGCUCGCGCUCGGGGGAAAUCCCGUUUUACUACAACGAGCUGCAGAGCACCUUCCUUUUGCCCGAGCAGGAACUCAUUUACGGCGUCUUCACCACUAACGUGAACAGUUUGUCAGCUUCAGCAGUCUGUGCCUUCAAUCUGAGCUCCAUCACCGUGGCCUUCAGUGGACCCUUUCGCUACCAAGAGAACCCCCGCACCGCGUGGCUUUCCACCCCGAACCCUCUGCCCAACUUUCAGUGUGGCACCCUGGAGGAAGACGGCCCCGGUGAAAACCUGACAGAGCGAAGCCUUCAGGACGCGCAGCGGCUCUUCCUCAUGAGCGACGUCGUCCAGCCUGUCUCCAUCAACCCCCUGCUGACCCAGGACAACCUGCGCUUCUCCAAGCUGGUGGUGGACAUCGUGCAGGGCCGGAACAACCUCUACCACGUCAUGUACAUCGGCACCGAGUAUGGCAGCAUCCUAAAGGUUCUCGCCACAACCAACAAGAGCCUUCAUGGCUGCUACCUGGAGGAGCUGCGGAUCCUUCCUGAGGGGAUGACGGGAACCAUAAAAAGUCUGAAAAUCCUCCACAAAGACAGGUCGCUGUUUGUGGGGCUCGAUGACAAACUGGUGAAGAUCCCGUUAGAACGCUGCUCCAGAUACCCAACUGAAGGUGACUGCAUGGAGGCUCGGGACCCCUACUGCGGGUGGGACCACAAACUGAAGCGCUGCACCACCAUUGAAGGCAGCUCCAACGUGAACCAUUGGACCCAAAACAUCACCGAGUGCCCGGUGAGGAACCUGACGCAGGACGGCGGAUUCGGUCCGUGGGCACCGUGGCAGCCUUGUAACCACGAUGACGGCGAGGGGUUUUUCAGCAGCUGCGUGUGUCGAUCCCGCUCCUGCAAUGGACCUGUGGCCAGAUGUGGAGGAGCUGAAUGCAAAGGUCCAACUAUCCAGGUGGCAAACUGUUCCAGGAACGGUGGAUGGACCCCCUGGUCGUCCUGGGGUCAGUGCAGCAGCAGCUGCGGCAUCGGGUUCGAGGUGAGGCAGCGCUCCUGCAACAACCCCUCCCCUCGCCACGGAGGGCGAAUCUGCGUGGGCCAGGGUCGGGAGGAGAGGUUGUGCAACGAGAAGAAGCCUUGUCCCCUGCCCGUGCUGUGGACCUCGUGGAGCCCCUGGACUCACUGCAGCGCCGAAUGUGGAGGGGGGGUCCAGUCCAGGACCAGAACCUGCGAGAAUGGGAACAGCUGCCCGGGCUGUGCAACGGAGUUUAGGGUCUGUAACCUGGAGAGCUGCCCUGAGGUGCGCCGCAACACCCCCUGGACCCCCUGGGUGCCGGUCAACACGAGCCAGGACGGCUCCCGGCAGGAGCAGCGGUUCAGGUACACGUGUCGGGCGCCGCUGCACGACCCCCAGCAGCUGCAGCUGGGCAAGAAGAAACUGGAGACCCGCUUCUGUCCAAACGAUGGGUCUGGAGCUUGUCAAACGGACCCGCUGGUUGAGAAUUUGAUCAAGACCAGCGGCAGAACGUUUUCCCCGCCACAAGGAGCCCAAUGGGGCUCCUGGGAAACGUGGUCCAGCUGUUCCCAGGUGUGUUCCAGAGGUUUUCGAUUCAGAAAGCGCAGCUGCUCUACGCCGGACGGCAGGACCAACCCUGCGGUCUGCACAGGGUCCCCGGUGGAGUAUCAGGACUGUAACCUCCAUCCCUGCAAAGUGAACGGAGGCUGGUCGUGCUGGUCCGCCUGGUCCCAGUGCUCAUCGAGCUGCGGGGGCGGCCAUUACCAGAGGACUCGGACCUGCAGCAGCCCGGUGCCCGCCAACGGAGGAGACAUCUGCAUCGGGCUGCACACCGAGGAGGCCCUCUGUAACACACACACAUGUGAAGGCUGGACCGAAUGGACGGACUGGGGGGACUGUGACGAGGACGGCCUGCAGCAUCGCACUCGGUGCUGCGGGGACGACCAGGAACCGGGGGGCAACCUCACCCAGUCCAGACCCUGCCAGCCUCAUGAGGUGCCAGUUCUUUUACCGGAGCACGAGAACCAGAGCUGCGCAACCUUCACGCUGUUCCAGCUGGCGGCCGUGGGCUCGGCCUGCUUCUUCGCCGCAGCUCUUCUUUCCGGACUGGCCUUCUCCUACUGCCACCGCCUGAACCACGCGUCGGCAGAGUCCGCGGUCAUCCACCCCAGCACGCCCAACCACCUCACCUUCAACAAGCCGGGCAACGCCACGCCAAAGAACGAGAAAUACAUCCCCAUGGAGUUCAAGACGCUCAACAAGAACAACCUUCACGCCAACGAUGAGACGUGCAACCACUUCUCCUCCCAUGUGGCCUCCAGCAACAUGUUCACCACCACCUACUACCCUCCCCGUGUGACCAAGUACGACUUCCACCCCGACUCCCCGUGCAGGUCCUACAUGCACAGCUGAGAGGACGCCUCCUUCUCCUCGUC